GGUCCCGGCAGAAGCGUUGGCCGAGCCCGGGCCGCCGCUCUAAGCGGGGCGGCGGUCACCGGCGCAGAGACGGCAGCACCUGGCUCCGCCGCGGCGCGCGGGCUUGGGCCAGGGAGCGGGGGCCGGGCCUCGGAGAGGAAGCGCGCUGCGCGGUUUGACCCCGGCGGCGCUCCGUACCGUCGCGGACCCCGCGGCGGAAAGAUGGCGGCCGUGUUAGGGCCGGUAACGGAGAAAGUUUCUACCGAGACGGGUCUGUACUAGCGCGUGGAGCCUCUCUGUCCCGAGUCGCGUGCUCAGCCCCAAAGGCCUCUUCCUCCCUGUUAUCUUGUUGGGCUCCGGCGCAGAUUCUGAGGGUUGAGACAGCCUUGGUGGCGACCACCGAGUCAGAUCACUAGAAACAAAUUUCCACCUGAGAAAAUGUUGAAAUAGGAAUUACACACUUACUGGAUUUUCUGGAUGAAAUACACGCAGUUGAUUUUUGUAACGUGGAGAAAAAGCCAGAUUACAUGUGUAAAUCACUGCGUUAUUGCUUUAGUCAUUGUCUGUAUUUAGCAAUGACAAGACUGGAAGAAGUAAACAGAGAAGUGAACAUGCAUUCUUCAGUGCGGUAUCUUGGCUAUUUAGCCAGAAUCAACUUACUUGUUGCUAUAUGCUUAGGUCUUUAUGUAAGAUGGGAAAAAACAGCAAAUUCCCUAAUUUUGGUAAUUUUUAUUCUUGGUCUUUUUGUUCUUGGAAUUGCCAGCAUACUGUAUUAUUAUUUUUCAAUGGAAGCAGCAAGUUUAAGUCUCUCCAAUCUUUGGUUUGGAUUCUUGCUUGGCCUUCUAUGUUUUCUUGAUAAUUCGUCCUUUAAAAAUGAUGUGAAAGAAGAAUCAACCAAAUAUUUGCUUUUAACUUCCAUAGUAUUAAGGAUAUUAUGCGCUUUGGUGGAGAGGAUUUCUGGUUAUGUCCGUCAUCGACCCACUUUACUAACUUCAGUUGAAUUUUUGGAACUUGUUGGGUUUGCCAUUGCCAGCACAACUAUGUUGGUAGAGAAGUCUCUGAGCGUCAUUUUGCUUGUUGUAGCUUUGGCCUUGCUGAUUAUUGAUCUGAGAAUGAAGUCUUUUCUAGCUAUUCCAAAUCUGGUUAUUUUUUCCGUUUUAUUGUUCUUUUCCUCAUUGGAAACUCCCAAAAAUCCGAUUGCUUUUGCAUGUUUUUUUAUUUGCCUGAUAACUGAUCCUUUCCUUGACAUUUAUUUUAGUGGACUUUCAGUAACUGAACGGUGGAAACCCUUUCUGUACCGUGGAAGAAUUUGCAGAAGACUUUCAGUUGUUUUUGCGGGAAUGAUAGAGCUUACAUUUUUUAUUCUUUCAGCAUUCAAACUUAGAGACACUCAUCUCUGGUAUUUUGUAAUACCAGGCUUUUCAAUUUUUGGAAUUUUUUGGAUGAUUUGCCAUAUUAUUUUUCUUUUAACUCUUUGGGGAUUCCAUACCAAAUUGAAUGACUGCCAUAAGGUCUAUUUCACCCACAGGGCAGAUAACAAUAGUCUUGAUAGAAUCAUGGCAUCCAAAGGGAUGCGUCAUUUCUGCUUAAUUUCAGAGCAGUUAGUUUUUUUUAGUCUUCUUGCAACAGCAAUUUUGGGAGCAGUGUCCUGGCAGCCAACAAAUGGAAUCUUCUUGAGCAUGUUUCUAAUUGUUUUGCCAUUGGAAUCUAUGGCUCAUGGGCUCUUCCAUGAAUUGGGCAACUGUUUAGGAGGAACAUCUGUUGGAUAUGCCAUUGUGAUUCCUACCAACUUCUGCAGUCCUGAUGGUCAGCCAACAUUGCUUCCACCAGAACAUGUACAAGAGUUAAAUUUGAGGUCUACCGGCAUGCUCAACGCUAUCCAAAGGUUUUUUGCGUAUCACAUGAUUGAAACGUAUGGAUGUGACUAUUCCACAAGUGGACUGUCUUUUGAUACUCUGCAUUCCAAACUUAAAUCUUUCCUUGAACUUCGGACUAUAGAUGGACCUAGGCAUGAUACAUACGUUUUAUAUUACAGUGGGCACACGCACGGUUCAGGAGAGUGGGCUCUAGCAGGUGGAGACAUACUGCGCCUUGAGACACUUUUAGAAUGGUGGAGAGAAAAGAAUGGUUCCUUCUGUUCUCGUCUAAUUAUCAUUUUAGACAGUGAGAAUUCAACCCCUUGGGUGAAAGAAGUGAGAAAAAUUAAUGACCAGUAUAUUGCAGUACAAGGAGCAGAGUUGACAAAGACCAUAGAUAUUGAAGAAGCUGACCCACCACAGCUGGGCGACUUUACAAAAGACUGGGUGGAAUACAACUGUAACUCUAGUAAUAGCAUUUGCUGGACGGAAAAGGGCCGCACUGUAAAAGCAGUAUAUGGUGUGUCCAAACGGUGGAGCGACUACACUCUGCAUUUGCCAACAGGAAGCGAUGUGGCCAAGCACUGGAUGCUACACUUUCCUCGCAUUACAUAUCCACUGGUGCAUUUAGCCAAUUGGUUAUGUGGUCUGAAUCUUUUUUGGAUCUGCAAAACUUGUUUUAGGUGCUUGAAAAGGUUAAAAAUGAGGUGGUUUCUUCCUACGGUGCUGGACACAGGACAAGGUUUCAAACUUGUCAAAUCUUAAUUUGGACCCAAAUGCAAGAUGUGGCUGAGUUCAUACUACCAAUUAUCACUAACUUGCCAUUUUUUUUGUAUGCUGUAUUUUUUUUGUGGAAAAUACCUUCCUAUUUCUGUAGCUGCCCUCACUUUGUCUUUUCUCAAGUAAUUAUGGUAUAGGUAAGGUGUUGGAAUAAGCAUUACUUUAUAUUAAAAGUAGGUUGGGAAUCAAAUGCUAACUCUGUAAAUGCAUAAGAGAUGUUAAAAAUAACUGCACUUUCAGGAAUGUUUGCAUAUGCCUCUGAUUAGAAAGAAAGCAGUCUUCUAUACUCUGUAAUGGCCAAUGAAGAAUUACUAAUGCCUUAUUUUCUAGGCUUAGGGAAUGUAGACCAGACAAAUUGACUACUUUGUGAAAACUGUUAAUUUACUUAGAGAGGAUUCUUUUCUGUGAAUGAUAGCUUUGAGGUUUCAAAACCAUUGGAAGGAUGACACUCUUAGAAGAGGAAACUUAUCCAGAAUGAAUGCAGAUUUUACUUAUACUCCAUCACAGUCAAACGUCUUGCUUGUGACCUGUUAACCAGUGUAUCUGGGAAGCCAAAAUUAUUUUUUUCAAAUCAGAACAUUCUUCAUGUAGAUAGCUCUAAGAGGUUAGAUUCUAUAAAUUUUUCCUUCAUGCAUUGGUGGGGGGGGGGGCUUUAAAAACUGCUAAUUUAAAGAGUCUCAGGGUAACAAUAUUUUAUUAAAGAACAGUAUUUCCAGCCAGAAAUUCCUCCCAAAUAAAUUGUCUUCCUUUUGAAAAAGUACUCAUAAAAGAAAUUUAGCAGUUUCUCACUGACUGAAUGAGAAAUAUUCAGUAAAGUUUUUUAUCUCUAUAGUUGCUCUGCUGUGAAAAUUAUUUUUCAAAUUCCCAUUAAUUGAUAGACAUUUUUUCUACUGAAGGUCAAAAGAUAGGAAAAGGUCAGUUUUUUCUAGUGUACACGUAAUGUAUUAUGUAAAAAAAAAGUAUUCAUACUGGCAAUUUUAGUUCAGCAUAAUAGUGUGGUUGUAAUUUUUAAACUUAAUUCGGUGUUUUUUUGUCUCCUUUAGGCAGGCACUGAUCAGGGUAUCUCCUUAGUGGUAAUUCAUUUCAUAUUCCCUUCCAGUAAUCCUUGCAUUCCAAGUUGCCAUCUUUGAGAAAUAACAAGAAGGGAACAGAAUUAAGUUGGGAGGUAAUCUGGUCUUUGUUACUAAAAUGCAGUGACUUCUCACCAUUGAAGCCAUUUUCCAACCUCAAAGGAAAUAAUGCCUCCACUAUUUUCUACCUGGUGACUUUGCACACUGAGGUCUUAGUUAGGAAGAAGUCACUUAGUGUCAGGGAACUUGUAUACCACUAUCUAUGCAGCAUUGUUGCAGUCUGGUUAUUUUUAUGUAUUGAAUGUGAUUUUCCUAAUGCUUUGAAUAAAAUUUUGUUAAAAAUUA